UAGCGGUACAGUAGACGUCAAAGGAUGAGGAGGUGGGAGGUGGAUGUAGUGAAUGCGGAGAGGAGUGGUUGUGCGUUUUGUGGUUUCGUAAUGUAAACCAUGUACAGUUUGUUUAUCAUACGAGUGCAAAAUGGAUGGAAGAAGAGUAUACAUCAUAAUUGCUUUUAGACCUGUUUCGCAUAAUGGUCUAAUCAGUAUAACCAAAGGCUAAUUGAACAUGGGGCGCCUUCCCUAUCUUGGAAAGGAUAGAGAGCAUCAAAGUUCCAUGGUUCCUCCAGCUUCACUAUUACUUAUGUCGGUGUUGGGUUCAAUUGGAAUGGCAGCUGGGUCUGUGUUACUUUUGGGACCUGAAGAUCGCAUCUCACUGACCCGUGGGGUUUGGCUGUCUCUUUUGGGAUUAAUAUUCUUUGUGUCAUUAUUUGACCUCCUCAAUCAUGUUGCAUUAAGUACAUCAGUGGGUCAUAUGUUCCGAAAGAAGUAUGAACUUACUUUGGCUGAAGUCCUGGACAUUUCAAACAAGACUGUGUCGGCUGUACAGGCUUUGCUGUCAUGUGUGACAGGCACAGUUGUCUGUGUCUGGUCAUGCACUCGCAACUUCCUUCGCUCCUCACACUUCAUGUCAGAAGCGUAUGCUUGGUUUGGGGCAGCAUACUUCUUCUAUGACAUCUGGUCCAUGUACCGAGUACACAGCAGCCAUGACAGGAAUUAUCAUGGCUGUCGCUUGGCUCGACUCAAGGAUUACCUCACCAAACAGCCGGUCAUCGUGCUUCAUCACUUGUUCAUAGGUUCCUUUGGAUUCUUAGUCAUAGUGUACCUGCGGGGUGGUUUGGGCGACUGUGUGUUUGGGUUCGUGUACCUCAUGGAGUUGAGCACCCCCUUUGUUUCAUUCCGUGGGAUCCUCAGCAGGCUGAAGAUGAAAUCAUCGCAAUUGUACGUCAUCAAUGGCCUGGUGAUGCUAGUCACAUUUUUCUUCUGUCGUGUGGUGAUGUUCCCUUAUGUCUUCUACCUGUAUAGUCGGCUAGUUGGACUGUCAUACUGGGAGGCCCUGUGGUCAGUUCCAGUUGGGUGUAAAGUUGGUGUGAGUGUUCUCUUGUUGCCACAGUGCUACUGGUUCAGCUUGAUGCUAUAUGGAGCCAUACGUGUGUUCACCCGUCGCAGACGUUCUGCCAGCAUUGCAAAGCAUGCCCGCCUGAGUUGAUCAGGUUGGUGGGCUUGAUGAGGUGCAGAAUUACAUCAGCAGAGUCAAUUACUUUGCACAAUAUUCUUUUGCAUCUUUUUAGUUCCUGAUUAUAUUUUCCUUGAAUGAGAUAUUUUUCAAAUUUUCAUGAUGAGCAACAAGAAACCUAAGACUAUGCCGAACUUAAUAUUGUAUGCAAGCAAGCAUCUAAUAGUCAUUAAUCUACGUGAUAGUGGUCAAUGUAGGCUUCAGUAUUAUUUUUCCGUUUUGUGAUAAUGGCAGGGUUGAGAAUAUUUGUGCUGCUGUUGUCUUAUUUUGUUGUUGUUGUUCUUGUUGUUGAUGUUGUUCAUAUUGUUAGGUUAUAUUGAAACAAACUGGACAAUCAUACAUAGCACUGAGGUGCUGGAUUGCAGUCGAUGCUUCCAGCCCGUUAGUGUCCUUCCAGUCCCAACAGAAUUAUGAUAGACUAAGUAAUAAAGUUUUGCGGGGAAACAAUCAAUGUAGCUUCUAUCGUUAGUAAAGUCCUAGUCAUUUGAGGGCAUCACUUGUCACAUGUUAGGGUUAUAAUUUGUCAUAUUUAAGAUGAUUUUCUUUAGAAUCAAUAUGUGGGGUGACCAACAUCAGUGUUCUGUUUGUCUGCCACUUUAACAUUCAUGGUCUUCCUGUUUGGUCUUCUUGCAUGAUAGUACCUCAUGUAACAAUGUAAUACAGUCAUUGCAUUGUGUGAGAGUAACUGAACCCAUUGGCUUAUACAGGGAAAUGACAGAAUUUUAUUGUCUCCAAUUGACAAACAAAAUCAGAUGGUAUAGUAGGAUUUAUAUUGUGGAGCAGGGCUUCCCAACCCACUUCAUGCAGCCCUGUCAAUUUUGUGUGGACUGCAAGUGUGUCCCACCACUCCCCAAAAUGUAUGUAAAAUCUUCCCCCCAUUUUACAGAUCCUUUCAGAAAACUAGACGGACUUUGUGGUCAGUAAAUAAUGUGUGCAGCUUUUGGUUGACUUCAUGUGACACUGAUUAAUAAUUUAGAAAAGUAUGGAAUUAGUAUAACUCUGUGAUUGUAAGCAUUGUUGGUGCAAUGAUACUUAAGCACCAUUGAACUGGAACAUUUAGUUUAAUGUUGUUUCUAACCUUAUGGGUUCAGUUCUUAUUUGUGUACUUGUGCUUCAUGGAUUUUAUCAAUCUGUAGCAACAUAAUGGGAAAUUUUUCUUUUUAUAUAAAGCAGCAUGUGGACAAGUACCUCAUGUAAAAUGGAGCCCCUCAUUGUUUGAUGUUGGACAGCCUGCUGCAGUAUGCAAUGAAUAACAGUAGUACGUGUAUAUAAGGUUCCAUCGAACGAAGCUGCAUAUAUAUAUAUAUGCACUAAUUGUAUAUGCCUUCUUUAUUACUCAACAUAUUUCAGUCUUAUAUAAAUUGUUUCACCUCCAACAACAUCCUCAAUAAACAAGAUUCACAGUGACUACUUGUACUGCACAAAACUGAAACAGAGAAAACAGUGGAAUAGAAAACCCGCCACAUGCAUGAUAACAGAGUGGAAAUAAGAACUGUACGUAUCACAGUGCACAUUACAGCCACGCAGAAAAAAGAUUAUUAAAGCAAUAGCACAGAUUGCACUACACAUAUUAUCAUGUCUUAGUGACUAGACACAGGGCUUGGAUUGGUAAUUAAAUCUGUUGAACACUUACAAAUCAUAACUACAAGUAAUUAUAACAUUGUCAUUAAUUCAACUUUCUGCUUCUCACCACAGCCCAUGCUAAGUCUUCACUAUCCGUUGCUUGGCAAUAGAUCCCAACAGUGGGCAUUCCUCCACUUUGUGUUGUCCUCACUGGAUGAUCACUGGCUUGCAGCUAACUAAUUGCUCCAGCUGCCGACUCUCAACUGUCUUAACUAGCCCCGUUGGUUUUUGUUAUAUAGCCUCAGAUCAGACUGCUUUGCCUAGCAGUGGCCCAGUAGUUCCUCUGUUGUGACUUGUUUAUUCAUGGUUGUGGAAUUAUGUUUACCAGUCGCUGCCUGUAAUGGCCUUCAGCCCUUAUGUUACAAUAUAAUAUUCAGUGCCGUGCCAUAAAGAACACAGGUAGCAAUGCAGUUCUCCCCCCCCCCCUUCAUGCUCACAUCUAAGUGAAUCAUCUGUGAAACUUGAAUAAACAAUGGGAUAACGCAGACAGAUUUAUACAUUUUAAUGUUUUAAAUUAAAAAACAUUCCGACAUUUAACAUAAUAUAGUAGAACCAGCAUAAUCAACAUAGAUUUAUGUCGAUUAUGUUGGUUCUAUUGCAUUAUGUUAACCACAAGAGAAUCACACAUGGAUAAAGCCAAAAAUAUAUACAUUGGCCAUUGUACCAGUUAUACAUUACUUUUUGUAAGUACCCUGUUCAUACCUAGAUAAACCAGAACAUGCUGUAUGAUAAAGGUAUAUACAAUUAGUGCAAUUAUACAUAGUUGUGUUUGACAAGCCUUCAUGUGCUAGUAGUUGAUGGUCCAAUGCAGCAAUUCAGGAACAUGAUUUCCUCUUGACAGGAAGUAUGAUUUAAUGUAUUCUUGCCAUAAUUUUACACAAAAGACGAAAAGUUGCCACGAUAAAAAGAAUUAAGAAACAGAACUAGUAUUCUUGGGAAGAAAGAAAACCAAAAAUAGUAAGCUAAAGGGUUAAGGAGUUAAGGUUUCUGAGCAUAAGCUUUUGCAGUAGUACUUACACUGUACAUCACAAGAGCCUGAGGACAUUCAUCACUGGCAAUAUUUCUGUAAUGUUGGCCUGAAUGUUACAAACAGCACUGCAUUACUCUGACACAUUUUGGACAUUUUCCAUCAAUUUUCCAUCAUGUCAUUUUGGUUAAAGAAAUAUGUUUCAGAAGCUGGCUUUGCUUCCAUCACCAGGUGAAAGUACUGAAAGCUACCUGCCCCAUCUGGGCAUAGAGAUUAGUUCCAUUUACUGGACCCAACAGUUCCAUCUGGUGGACACAUUAGAAUAUGUUUCAUAUUUGUACCCCUUGGCAGAAGCAGAGCCAGCUUGCAAAAUAUCUCUUUCUUUACCCUAAAACGAGAUAAUGGAAAAUGUCCAAAGUAAAUGUCAGUUUAAUAAUAUAUGAAGAAAGCAAUCUUCUGGGAUUUGUCACCGU